AUGCGUCUCCUCAGCCCCUGGCUCCUGCUCCUUGAAUACUUGGCUCUUUCUGACUCAGAAACUUGGAAGGUUGAGCACCCGGCCACCCUCUACGCCUGGGAGGGGAGCUGCUUCUGGAUUCCCUGCCGCUACACAAUCCCAGGGAAUAAAAAUACCCUGAAAAACCUGACUGUGUACCACAAUUUUACGUUUGACGAAAAAACCAAGGAGUACACAGGGACAGUCCUCUACAAGAAGACAAAGAUGGAGACGCCUGUCCAUCAGAAAAGGGUACAAUUCCUGGGAGACGACACAUCCAACUGCACCCUACUCAUCAACCCUGUCCAAGCCCAAGACCAUGGUCAGCUGGGGCUGAGGAUGGUAUCGGAGGCUGGCAAAUGGAUGGAGAAAAUGUCCCUCCAAGUCUCCAAGACUCCUUCUCAGCCUCACAUUGAGCUUCCCAGAGAAAUCUGGGAGCUCCAGGAAGUCACUCUGACCUGCAAGCUGAAUUUCGCCUGCUUCGAGUACCAGAUCCAACUGCAGUGGGCCCUGGAGGGAUCAGAGCCACUUCCCUCUGUCCUCUCCACUUCCCUGUCCACCAACAUGGUCUCCACCUCCAGCCGGCUCACUUUCCAGCCUCAGUGGACUCACCACGGCAAGGCUCUGACCUGCCAGCUCCUGAACAACACAGGGGACGGGCUCCUCUCUCAGAAGACCGUGCAGCUAAAUGUGAAGCACUCCCCAAAGUUGAAGGUCAGUCCUGAAGUAGCCAUUGUAAAAGAGGGUGACCCUGUGACCAUGAUGUGCCAGAUCAUCAGCAGUAACCCGGAGGCCCAGGCUUUAUCUUGGAUCAAGGAUGGACAGCGUGUGAGAAGGAAGGAGACACCGCAGAGGGAGGAGACUCUCAUGCUAACUCUGUUCAGCACGACCAAGCAGAUGAGUGGAACGUAUCACUGUGAGGCCUACAAUUAUAUAGGCUCAGCAAUGUCAGAAGUGGUCCUCCAAGUGCACUAUGCUCCGGAACCUUCCAGGGUUCAGAUCUCCCCCUCACCAGCUAAGGAGGAAAAUACAGUAACGCUGACUUGUAUAUCAGGGGCCAAUCCUCCUCCAACCAAUUAUACCUGGUAUCACAAUAAUAUUGAAGUGUCAAGAGGGACAACCAACACCUUCCAGAUCCCAAAGGUUCUCCGCAAGCAUGCUGGAAGUUAUUCCUGUACGGCAGGAAACAGUCUAGGUACUGGAGGAGUUGGCCAGGAGGCUGAGUUGGAUGUCCAAUAUUCUCCCAAGAAUGUCACCAUAGUGAUUCAAAACCCCACACCAAUCCAAGAAGGAGACAGUGUGACCCUGUCCUGUAACUAUACUUCCAGUAACCCCAGCGUUACCACAUAUAGAUGGCAUCACCAAGGCCCCUGGAAAGAGCUGACACCUGGGGUGCUGCUGAUUCCAAAAGUUGCCUGGGAUGCCAGCCCACUCACAUGUGCAGCCUGCAACCAGUGGUGUUCAUGGGCUCCAUCUGUCAGGCUGCAGGUCCAGUAUGCCCCCAAAGAUGUCAAGAUCCUGCCGAUCGGCCUGCAUUCUGAGAUCCACUCUGGGCACCCAGUCCUCCUGCGAUGCAACUUCUCAAGCAGCCUCCCCGCUGACGUCCGCUUCUUCUGGAUGAAAAACGGCAUCUUUCUGAAGGAAGGGAGAGAACUGAGCUUUGGCUCCGUCUCGCCAGAAGAUGCUGGAAAUUACAACUGCUUGGUCAACAACUCCCUGGGACAGAGCACGUCCGAGGCCUGGGUGCUCCGAGUGCUGUAUGCACCGCGGAGGCUGCGGGUGUCCAUCAGCCCCAACGGCAGUGUGAUGGAGGGGAGGAAGGUGGUCCUGACGUGCGAGAGUGACGCCAACCCUCCCGUCUCCCGCUACAGCUGGUUUGACCGGAAUAACCAAAACCUGCACCAUGAACAUCAGACCCUGAGAUUGGAUCCCGUGACAAUCCAGCACUCGGGAGCCUAUUGGUGCCAGGGGGCCAACGGACUGGGUGUGGACCGGUCAUCCCCCAGCACCCUCGCUGUCUACUACAGCCCAGAGACCAUCGGCAGGCGAGUGGGCCUGGCGCUGGGGCUCAUCCUGGCCCUCCUCCUCCUGACAAUCUUGGGAUUCAAGAUUCAGGGAAGCUGGAAGAGAAUUCAGAGCCAGCAAGGGCUUCAGGAAAAUUCCAGUGGGCAGAGCUUCUUUGUGAGGAAUAAAAAGAUUAGAAGAGCCCCCCUGUCGGAAGGCCCCCACUCCCUGGGCUGCUACAAUCCCGUGGCGGACGAUACCAUCAACUAUGCUACUCUGCGCUUUCCUAUGGGGGACACACCGAGGACUGGGGACGCAGGGACCUCAGAGGGACAGAGACCUUCCCUAAACAGGGAAGACACAGUCACUUACUCUGUGGUUCAGAAGCGUCAAGUGGGCGACUAUGAGAACGUGACUCCAGGUGUUGCAGAAGACGACGGGAUACACUACUCAGAGCUGGUUCACUUGGGGUUCGGGGAGCGGCCUCUGAGAGAAGAAGGAGUGGAAUAUGUGACCCUCAAGCACUGA